AUGGCUGAGGAAAUGCUGUUGGAGGGCACGCAGGGGGGGACAGGUCAUGAGUUUGAAACACCCUGGCUAAUUGGACUGACUCGAUGUGAGCGAACAAGACCGGGUGCGGUUGGCCCGCGCACUUCUAGUUCCGCGGGUCGCCGUAUUCUCUCUCCGGGCACCGCGACAUCCUUCCGCCCGACGAUUCUCGCGCAGCCAAUCGCGGAAGACAUGGUGCUGCCCCAGCCCUCCGACGCGACUGGUUACUCCUCCCUACCCGCUUCCCUCUCUGGCGCGGGGAGCCUCCUGCUGCAGCAGGCUGCUGCUGCGGCGGCGGCUGGAGCUCGCACGGGGCCGUCGAAACGGGUGCAGCCCUUGGCGCAGCAGCAAGUGGAGGGGAAGCAAGCUGCUCCGGACAACACUGGCCUGGCCCCCACGGAUUUCAACCCAGGGAUUAUCGCGUCGAUCAACCUUCAGAGCAACAAGCAGCAUCAGCAGCAGCGACUGCAGCAGCAGCAGGAUCAGCAGCAGCAGCAGCAGUCGUCCACGUCAGCACCCAACACUCCAACCAAGAGGAAAUCGUCGCAACCGCCUCCCGCGUCCUCGUCGCUUCUUACCACGCAGGUGAAGACCCAGACCUCGCAGAUCCCCCGCCCAGGUUCGGGAGGUUGCCGAGCCGCCGGCUUCUCUCGCUCCGAUUGGCUCCCGCGAUCCGAGUCCCUCACGCGCUACUCCCGCCGCGCCAACGCCGCCGCGUCUACCGCCGGAGCGAGCGCGGGGAAAGAGGAGGGCAAGAGCAGCAGCGGGAGCGGGAGCGGGAGCGGCAGCGGCAGCGGCAGUCACGGCGGCAGCCACGGCAGCAGUGGCGGAGCUGGCGGAAAGACAUCCGCGGGGUCCGGCGCGGAAAGCGGAACGGACGACGAGCUCCCCCGAUCGGAUUCCCUUCCGCGCAUUCUCAAUGCGGUCGCGAACCGGCUCACUGGCGGGCGCGCGCACCACGGGAGCUCGCGCGCGCAGCACGCUGCGGAGAGCGGAAGCGGGAGCGGGAGCGGCGGAGGUGGCGGAAGUAGCACCGGCGGAAGCGCUGGCGCUCUUAGCGCCGGUGGCGGCGGCAAUGGCGGCGGUGGCGGAGGAGUCAGUUCGAGCGCGACCCCGAUCCCAACCGGACUGGGAUCACCCGCGUCAAAAGCCAAGGGACCCAAGUGGACGCUCAGCAGUCUGGGCAGGGACCCCAAGGCGGACAUGGAGGCGUACCGCCAGCGGGCGGAGGCAGCGGACCGCAGUUUGAACGCCGCCACGGCGGACAUCAGGCGCCUCGAGGCGCUUCUCGAGAAGAAGCAGAAGGAGAUCGGCGAGCGGGAGCUGCUGUACAGGAGCUGCGAGAAGGCCUUGGGGGAGCUCGAGAGCAAGAACAGCGAGCUGCGCAGCGAGGUGCGGCGCCUGGAGAAGGUGGCGGAGGGCGCGCAGGCGGACGCGGAGCAGCUGCGCAUGGGGCUAGAAGCCAUGGAGCGGGAGGGGCGCAACCUCAAGAAAACCCUCUCCACUCUCACCAAGGAGCGCGACGCUCUUAAAGCCGGGCUCGACCGCGCCAUGCUGGAGCAGGAGCGGCUGCUUAAAGCCCUGACCAUGAGCUGCAGUGAGCUGGAGGAGUUGCGGGAAGAGGUGGCUUGUAUGAAGCGGCAGGAGGAGGAGUUGAGGCAGGAAGUGCAGGAAGAGCGGACGGAAAGGGAGAGGAUUCAGGAGGAUUUACUGGUUGAGAUGGAAGAGGUGAGGCAGGCUAAGAGGGGACUUGAGGAAAGUCUGAGGCGCGCGGAGGAGGAGCGCGAUGAGCUGCGCGCGGUGGCGGAGAAGGCGGCGAGUGCGGCGGAGGGAGCGAGAGCGGGGAGUGGUGCGGAUGGGGAUGCGGACGGGUGGGGAAGGGGAGAGGGUAGGAGGGGGGAGGUUCAGGAUGACGACGAGGAGGAGGAGGGUGGGUGGAAGGAGAGUGGUGCAGGCGCUGGCGCUGGUGGUGGCGGUGGGGCGGAGUGGAAGGAAAAGGCAGAAGCGCUGAUGCAGGUUCUGAGGGAGAAGGAGGCGCAGUGGGAGCUCGACCUGAUGAUCGAGCGCGGGGAGGUUGAGAAGAUUCGGCAGCGGGAGCUGCAGAGGGAAGCGGAGAGAGAGGCUGAGCGGCGGAGGGAUCUGGAGCUGGUGAAAGAGCGAGAGGAGGAGAUUCGGAGGCUGAUUGAGCGGGAGAAGGAGAGGGAGCGGGAGGUGCUGCAGGGGCAGGCGAGGAUUGGGGGGGUGGAGAGGAAGAGGGAGGAGGAGAAGGCGCGGGAGCGGGAGAGGGAGGUGCAGAGGGAGCGAGAGAAGCAGGCGGAGAGGGAGAGGGAGAGGAAGCGGCAGAGGGAGCGGGUUGAGGAGAGGGAGAGGGAGAGGCAGAGGGAGAAGGAGAGGGCUGAGGAGAGGAUUCGAGAGGCGCAGAGAGAGAAGGAGAGGGCUGAGGAGAGGGAGAGGGAGAGGGAGAGAGAGAGGGAGCGAGCGGAGGAGGUCGAGAGGCAGAGGGUGAGGGAAAAGGAGCGGGAGCAGGAGAGAGCGCGUGAGAAGAAGCGACAGGUGGAGAGGAAGAGAGAGGAAGAGAGACAGCUUCAGAUUCAGAGGGAGAGGGAGGAGGAGAAGAAGCAGCGGGCUGAGGAGAGGGAGAGGGAGAUUCGGCGGGAGCAGGAGCGGCAGGAGGAGAGAGAGCGGGAGAGGGUGCGUAUUCAAGAGCUGGAGCGUCUAUGGGAGAAAGAGCAGGCAGCCAAUCAGGAGAGGGAGGUGCUUCGAGAGAAGGAGAGGGAGAGGGAACGGGAGAAGGAGCGAGAGCGGGCGCAGGAGAGGGAGAUGGAGAAGCAGCGGGAGAAGGAGCGCGAGAGGCUGCGAGUCGCGGAGCAGCGGCGGGAGGAGGAGCGGGAGAAGGAGCGGGAGGACAUGCAGAAGCAGCAGGACGAGUGGCAGAAGGAGAAGGAGCAAAUGACAGACGAGAUGCACGGGCUGCACGCGCAGCUGCUCGCCGCGCGCAGGGAGCUCGCCACGGCUCGCCAGCAGAGCAACGACCGCUGCAAGGCGCUAAACGACGAGCUGGAUGAGCUCAAAACGCGGAUGGUGGCGGUGGAGGCGGAGAACAAGCGCGUGAAGGCGGAGAAGGAGAGCAUGGGGGAGGUGCUGGGCGAGGCGGAGUACGAGCGGGAUGCGUUCAAGCUCGCGCUCGAGCACUCCAAUCUCGAGCACAAGCUGCUCUCGCACGCGCUGGUCAGCUAUCUCUCCCCAACGUUGCUUGCUCUCGCUCUCUUUCUCUCCGCCUCCUGUUCUCCUCUGCUUCAAUUGCUCAAGUCCAACGGCUCCCACGCCAUUCAGAACCUUCACGGCGAGCUCUCUGCGGCUCAGGCGUCAGUGCGAGCCCUGCAGUCAACAGUGGAGGUCAUGCAGCAACAGAUGCGCAAGUCGUCAUCUGAGAGCGCGUCGCUGCUGGAGGAACUGACGGACCUUAAGGCGCUGCGACUCACAGAGGUCACCCAGCAUAAGGACCAUGUGGCCCACCUGCAGAGCACGCUCUCAUCACUCCGCCACGCAUUGGACAAGGAGAGAGACACCAACACGCGCCUGCUGCGCACCCUGCAGGAGGCGGAGAAGGCUGCUGUGGAAGUGGCUACAGAUGCACAGGGCAUGAGCACGCAUGCGCACAAGCUCAUGCGUCUCGCUGCCGGACACAAGGACCGCCUCGGCAAGGCUGCCGCUGCUGCCGCUGCUGUUUCUGCUGGGAAUGCUGCUGCUGCCGCUGCCGCUGCUGCGGCUGCGGCUGCUGCUGCUGCUGCUGGUGCUGGUAAUGGCAAGUGA